UGUUUAGUCCUUCUUAGCAGUGAGGAUUGAGACAAGUACAUAUGUAGGUAGUUAUUCAAAUCUUUCUUGCGGCUAGUCUCGGGUGUCAUCUGCUACAAAUGUGAAUGAGACAGGUGCUUCUGAUGUUUAGCACAUAUUGGACUCGAGGUCAUCUUCAUAUACAGAUUCCUUCAUCUGCCGCGAGUCAGAUCUAGGAUGCGUCAUCUUCCCUCUACGUGUUAAAUUAUGAGGCCCAUCUAGUUCAUUUCUGUGUAAUUAACUUACAAUGACGAAGCCCGGUGACUUCGCACAUUCCUCCUCAACGGAGGGCUUCUUCCAGACUCUACCGACAAUCGAACCCCAAUACACUCUACCCGUCCUGGUCCAGGGAGAGCAGCGGGACGCCCAAAGUAUUUCCGAUGAUCCUGUUCUCGCUCGCAUCUUGCAACAGUAUCUUCCGCCUCGUGCCCAGGCCACCGUCGGCGCAUCCAUCCAUAAGUUGUCCCGCCGCGUGCUCGAGCCAGCGAUCCUUUCCCAUGCCACCGAGGCCGAGACGAACGUCCCAAUACUGCGACCGCUGACCACGUUCGGCCAGGAAAACCGCAAUGAUCCUCUAUGGACAUGCGCAGGGUGGAAUGCCCUCAAGGACAUCGGCAUCGAAGAAGGCAUCGUCGCUCGCGCGUACGACCAGGGCGUCACCACCCACAAUCGAAGGAUAGACCAGUUCGGACACGCGCACGUGUGGUCUCACAGCUCGGCCAUGACCAUGUGCCCCAUGUCCAUGGUAGACGGCGCGGCGAAGCUGCUGCUCCGGCACAAGAACGAUGCCGACGGCGACCAGCCGGGUCUCCACAGGGUGAUCGCCGAGUCGUACCGCAGGCUCACCUCGACAGAUCCGUCCGAAGCCUGGACGAGCGGGCAGUGGAUGACCGAGCGGACCGGGGGGAGCGACGUCAGCGGGACCGAGACAGUCGCGCGGAGGCUAAGCGAUGGCGAGAUCGCGUCGGACACAGCGGCAGGCCGCGACAAGGACGCCAUCGGGCUGCCGCUGGGGCCGUGGCGUCUGGACGGGUUCAAGUGGUUCAGCAGCGCGACGGACUCGGACAUGACGGUGCUGCUGGCGCGGACGCCGAAGGGGAUCAGCGCGUUCUACAUGCCGCUGCGGCGGGGCGCGGGCGGGGCCGCCCGCGGCGCCACGGAGCUCAACGGCGUGCGGAUCCAGCGGCUCAAGAGCAAGCUCGGAACGCGGGCGCUGCCGACGGCGGAGCUCGAGAUCCGCGGCGCCCGAGGCUGGCUGCUCGGCGAGGAGGGCCGGGGCGUCAAGGAGAUCUCGGCAAUCCUCAACAUCACGCGGAUCCACGCGGCGGCCGGCAGCGCGGCGUACUGGGCGCGCGGGCUGGCGGUGUGCCGCGCGUACUCCAAGGUGCGGCUCGUGCGCGGUCGGCCGCUGCGCGAGAACGCGCAGCACGCGUUCUGGAUGGCGCGCGAGACCGUGCGGUACUGGGCGGCCGCGCACCUGACCUUCUUCGGCGCGGCGCUGCUCGGGUGCGGGGAGCAGGGGUGGGAGGCGGCGGCGGCGGGUAGCAUCGGCGGCGAAGGGCUGGUGCCGCGCGCGGGCGAGGCGCGGGAGGCGCUGCUGCGGCUGCUGACGCCGGUGGUCAAGGCGCAGGUGAGCCUGGCGUCGGUGCGGGGGCUGCGCGAGGCGAUGGAGUGCCUGGGGGGCGUGGGCUACUGCGAGAACAGCGAGGACGGCGGGGUGCUGAACGUGGCCAAGAUGUUCCGCGACGCGAUCGCGAACACGAUCUGGGAGGGCACCGCGAGCGUCAUGGCCGAGGACGUCCGCCGCGUGCUGGCGGACCGGCGCAUCGCGCGCGGCAACGCCGUCGAGGCCGUGUUCGGCGCCUGGGCCGCCGCCGUCCUCGACCGCUGCCGCCCGCGCUUCGCCCCCGAGUGCGACGUCGUCCGCGAGCGCCUGCAGGCCCUCGUCGCCGUCGUGCAGACCAGCGGCCCCGCCGAGCUCGAGUACCGCAGCAGGGACGUCCUCGAGCACAUCGAGGCGGUCACCGCCGCGGCCCUGCUGCUCUACAACGCGCACUCCGACGGAGACCAAGUCGCCUCGCACGUCGCCUCGCGGUACGUGAGGUCCAUCGCGCUCCCAAAUAGCCGGUACCAGCUCCAAGCGCCGGAUUGGAAGAGCGAGUCCGAUGUGGACUACCUCAUCUUUCUCGGCAAGGGAUACCACUCCUCCGGGGGGGCGCAAGAGAAGCUCUAGGGAGCGCGAUGAAAGCGUUGGGAUUUGUACUGAUAGGAAUGCCCUUAAUGCCCAAGCUCAUAUCGGGACUUGCCAUCAAAUCCGGUGUCUGACAUACAUGUUUUAACGCGUUUACGAGCUACUUCGACGACGGAUGUUAGAAUCACGUUCGUGAAUUAUUAGGAGAAUCGGAGACCUGAAGGAAAUCACUUCCCUUACUAUUGAUUGCCA